GAAAAAACCCCAAAGACUGUAUUUGGCCUCCUUUUAGAAGGACACUCCAACUUAAUUUAGAGAGCAGGCUUUUUCAGCAUGAGAAGCAUGAGAACUGGAAAGAAGUCCAGGGUGUUUCAGGCAAGCCUAUGUUUCUAAGUUUGCAGGUGAACGUACUCUUGUGUCGGUGCAGGUGGGGCUGCAGGUCAGGGGUGUGUGUUUGCCUCUGUCUCUCAAUUCACACCCAUUUUUAACCAGAAACAUCCAGAACACACUUCCAGCAAGAGCACUGGCCAGUUCAGCUGCCGCGGGCCCCUCCAAAGCACGUGAUGCUGCCGUCACCCUCGGCCCUCUGCCUCGUGCUCGCCGCGGUUUCUUCCAACCUCGCCGUCGCCAUCAGAAAGGGCAAGAGGCCUCCUCAGACACUCGCACGAGGAUGGGGCGAUGACAUCACUUGGGUGCAGACUUAUGAAGAAGGUCUCUUCCAUAUUCAAAAAAGUAACAAGCCGUUGAUGGUUAUUCAUCACUUGGAGGACUGCCAGUACUGCCAAGCUCUCAAAAAAGUGUUUGCUCAAAAUGAAGAAAUACAAGAAAUGGCUCAAAAUAACUUCAUCAUGUUGAAUCUCAUGCAUGAGACCACAGAUAAAAAUUUAUCACCAGACGGACAAUAUGUGCCCAGAAUCAUGUUUGUGGAUCCUUCUUUGACAGUCAGAGCUGAUAUAACUGGAAGAUACUCUAAUAGGCUGUAUACAUAUGAGCCUCGGGAUUUACCAAUACUGAUAGAAAACAUGAAGAAAGCAUUAAAACUUAUUCAAUCAGAAUUAUAAGGGAUUACCUUAAAGAGGUGAAAUGUCAUGAAGACCACCUUCUGUUUAAUGGACUAAUACUAAAUGUGCAAGUAUAUGGAUUCUGUAACAUUACUAGUUAGAUUGUUUUAAUACUUUGUUUAUUGUAAUUUUCCCAUUACCAUUUAUCCCUCCUACAUGUGUCUGAAAUAUUCUUAUGAAGGCAAAAUUAUAGUUUAAUAAAUGUCAAAACCAGAGCAUGACAAUGUAAUAGUUAGCCCGCUGUCUGCCAGAGUAACAAAGAAAACUGGUCACAAGCUAGAGCUGGGUUAGGGGAGAGACAGGAGGGGCCUUCAAUAAGAGGGGCCUGCACUGGUUGCCUUUAUUCUUUUCACUUCACAUGCACUCCGCCAGGGAACCUGCUGUAUCUGCUUCUCCGCUGUAUCUGCUUCUCCGCUGUAUCUGCUUCUCCUCUGUAUCUGCUGUCUUGAGCCUGUUAGAGCAGUUCAUAAAUAAUGAGCAUGUUGCCGGAGCAAAUGCAUGCAGCUUUGUGCACUUAUUACUUGAACUUGUGACAGCAUAUUUCAGAGUUAACCAUUUAUUUCUUUUCUGCCUUAAAUUAAAGUAGACAUUUUAAAACCAAUUACUAUAAAUCAAAUAUAUCUUUCAAAAAUUUAACUAUGUAUUUUUCUUAAUAUUAUUGGGAAGAUAUUUAAUACUUUUAAUAA